AAAAAUGUAUUUAAUCUAUUAAAAUUAAUUAAUUCUAAGAUGUUGGCGUAUACAUCUACUGCUAAUGUACACAUACACUCGCAUCACCAUUCAGAAUGACAAGAAUCUAUGCGCGUACAUGUAAGGUGUCCAAGGCUGUUUAGCGCGCACUUGAUUCGUAGCAAAAUUAUGUCUCUUUGCUCUUAUUGCCAAGGAACGUUAGAGAGCGACUCAGCAGGCUGUGACUCGUUCAACGUGUGCACAAAAUGUGGUGUCGUGUUGGAAUCGUCGGACUGUGGUUUGUCAUUGGAGAAAAACGGCGAGGGAUCGUUUGUUCACAGAAAUGAAUGGGGAUGUCAGCAGGCUGGCAGGAAAAACGUGUGUUAUGGAGCUGAGAUGAAAAGGGAGAGACUGAAGUAUUCAUGGGUUAAGAAGCUAAGGGACAUGGCAAAGUGUGUCACAAUUCCUGACGAUGUGUUAGAAUCAGCAGAAGCUCUCUUCAACCAGGCAUAUGAUCUCCCUUCAACAAGAUACCGGAGGGGGAUCUUGAUUCCGAGUUGUAUUUAUGCUGCAAGUCGACUGUCAAAGACUCCGCUGAUGUUGAAACAACUGGCAGAAUGUUGCUACAAAACUGUGCCACAGAUUGGAAGGGCAUUCAAACUUCUUGCGGCUGAGCUGGAACUCACGUUUCCCGACAUGAUCAGUCACACAGAGCUUGUAGAGUCUGUGUGUUGUCAAGUUGGAAUACCUGAUGAAAUUCAGUCUGAUGUUGUGAGCACAGCUAAGAGGUUGUGUCGUCUUCUUGAUGAAAUUGGAAUAUCAGAUCACAAAGGAGCCAACGUCUUGGCUGGAGUAUCAGUUGCUAUUGCAUGGCAAGCAAAGAAAGGACACAAGCAGAAAAAGAUUCCUGAACUACAAAGGUUUGUUAGAGUAUGUCAUACUCACAGCACUACAUUUGGAAAGACUUGCUUUGAAGUGAAGGGAAUUCUCAUUCAGCUGUGCAGACAUUUGCCAUGGAUUACAGGAGAUGUGAAAGAAGACCGAGUUCUCUUACAUUUACAUAAGAUACUCGAUUUUCAGAAAAUUCUCAUUAGCAAAUUGACACACGAGUUGAGAACAGAACAGUACGAUAUAAUUGAUGAGAGUGAUGUGGCUGUGAGGAGUGAUGGGGAGAUGAGGGCAAAUUGUGCUGAUAGAGAUGCAGACGGUGUGAGGGAUAGAGAGAGACGGUCAGGCUGCAUGGAGACACACUGUUCUGUGAAUGCAGCGAAAAGCAGUAGAUGCACAGACAACGCUGUUUUCUUCUCAGAGGACGAUCUGCGCUGCGACUUGGACGAGAGAGACAUUCCCGACGGCGACAUGAUACAAUACAUACGAACAGACAAUGAAAUAGUCAGAACGGUUGAUGACGAAUCCGACACGUCAGACAGUCAAGACGAGUGUGCGCCAACGUAACACAUUUGGAUGCCUCAUCUCAGUCAAUUGCUCAUCAUGCAUACAUUGUGCCCAAUUUAUACAUUACACGACAUCAAGAUUAUUGUGAGUUGGAUUUUUAUUGAUUUUGUUAAUAUCAAUUUUGGAAUGUUUGCAACACAUUCCACCCCGAACUAACUGUAGCACAGCAUGUCUCUCUGAAUUGGGAAAUCUAUGUCUAUGUAUGUAUCA